AUUCUCCAGGACUAUCAUUGUUGAUUUAUGAUCCUUUAGUGAUCUAUUUGUCAGAUUAUCCUCCUUUGGCACUUUGUCCAUUUAUGAAUUUAUCUUUUGGCACUUCGUCCAACUUUUUAUUAUCAUUUUGUUCAUUUCUGUCAAUCUUUGGGAUCAUUGACAGAUCUUUCCACGUCAGUUUGGUGAAAAAAUCACUGUCUUAAGAACCGGGGGGUUAUACUGAGAUGCCCUUAAAAACCGCAGCGAGACGCAAAUACAUAGAACACACUGAAGUGUUGUACCAAGAUAAAGGUCGAACGCAUCACGACUCUUCUCCGUACACCAUCGGAUACGCUACAUUUACACAUUCCCUCUCUAUACACACAUCUUCCACACCCCUGUUAGUGCACAAGAGUGCCAACGACAUCACUCAUCAUGGAGCCUGCAUUAGGAAAAAAUCAGCAACAUGAUCCACCCAAUUUGGACAGAAAUGUCCUUCAUUCGAAAAGAGCUCGCAUUCCAAAUAGCGGAAUCGGAUCUCAAAGACAGCCCACCAACCAAGAAGUCGGUCCCGCAAGCGGCAUAGAGGCGAGCGGGAGCCGCGUUGACGAGGGAACGGGCUCUAAGAGCCGUCCUUCGUAUAGCCGCAGCCUGGAUGCAAAUGGCUUGCGUGCAGCUACACAAGAACAGGACGCAAUGGACGAAGACGAUGACGCGAUGGCCACUGUGGGAAUCACAGAAUGGCAGGAAGUGAGACGCACCAAGGAUAGGCUGAAGGCGGCCGGCGUCUUCCUCGAGGACCUUUAUGGAACAACGGUUGCCGAAAAAAAGAAAGACCUAGAAACAGUCUUGUUGGAUGCUGCCAUCUAUUGUACAGAAGGACCACACAAGGUUAAAGUCAAUGGAUAUACUGCUUUCCGCGUUGCUGUUGAGGAUCAACCAUCCCUGACAGCGCUCCUGGAAAUGACUGCUACACACAGGGAUGAAGACGGAAAUGAACACGAAGUCCCAUUGUUUUUUAAAAUAAAUACCGACACCCGUGAACGUGAACUGGAACGCACAGUGGAGGUUUAUGGUAUUGCUCCUAGGACUCCGGAAUUCCUUAUCAAGUCAGCAAUGCUGCAGUUCGGUACUAUUGGAAAGAUUGCAACCCGCCCAUGCUCCAAGGGAGUCAAAAUCACCGCAGCAGUAGUUUACAACAAUGUUGAGGACGUCACAAAAUUCAAAUUGGCCAACCGGGAGCACGUCUUCAUUGGAAAAGAACUCGCGCGCAUCCGCAAAAUCGGCAAUGAACGAGUCGAGUGGACAUUGACACACGUCGCAAAAAUCUCAGGUCUCCCUUUUGGAACGACAGACAAGGACUUGGAGCCUCUCCUUGGAGAAAAGCAAGCGAAUUUCGUCAAAGUGCCACGCUAUUUUUCAAAGGACGGGAAGAAAUGGCAAUAUCAACGAGAAGCAUUCGUGUAUUUCCCCUCUGCAGAAGCAAUGGCGGAAACUAUGACUAAACCAGUCAAAAUCGGGGGCAUUGAGACUUUCUGGGGUGAUAAGGACGACAAACGAUGCCGACAAUGCCACAAACCAGGACACAUCAUGAGGGAAUGCGAGGUAUUCAUUGCACUCCAGGAGACAAAGCAGCACAUCAAAGCUGGAGGAGCACUGAAAGUUGUACCACAACUCUCAUACGCCAAAGCCGCCACGGGAAAGAGUGGAAGUGUUACUCAAAGCAACCAACAGAAGGCACAGGAAGAAAAAACCAAUACCCAAAGUUCUGGUCAAACAAACGUCAUAGGAAAGAAAAGCAACACUGGUGCAGUCGAUAAGAAAAUCCAGCAACUGGUAGAUACAGUGGAACGCCUACAGGAAGAGCAACAACAACUACGUGCUCAAAACAGUCUACUAAUCCAAAUGUUAAUAGGAAUGAUGAGCCAACAUCUUGGUGCAAUGUUUUAACCUAAUUGAUAUAGCUUACUAUGUAUAUGGAACCAAAGUUCAAUAGGACAAAGAGAGGGGUCUCUAUUUCUGGACAGACGACAUCUUAUAUACUACACUAUCAUGCAAAACUGAAAGUAUAAUUCAUUCCCAUGUCCAUUUCUUUUUCUCAUUCCUAGAAACCGUAUAUGCAUACACCACUCACACUUUGGUUUAAUAAAGCUCCCG